AUGGACUCUAAAUUCUUAAUCUUCAUUGUUCUCUUCCUUUUCGCUCUUCUCGGUAUGCUACAACUCACAAUGGCUGCUCCAUGUUGCUCUGCUUGUGAUGUAGAUGACGAAGCUUGCAAUGACAGAUGUACCCCAACUUGUUAG